UAAGCACAAGAAGCUUCUGCCUCCCCUUAUCUCUCGCUUUUGAAAAUCUCUUUUCUUGCCUCUCAAUUCUCCGUCUUUAAACUUUUGAAAGUGUUAUGCUCUAAGGAACACUUUCCGUGUGGAUUGAACAAGUUUCUGUGUUUCCGCGUCCUUAUUUAACCAAAACCCUCCUCUAUUUCUUCAUCGAUUUCUCUCUCAAUCGCUUUCCAUUCUCCAAUCCCUUUCUGGGUCUUCUUCCUUUCUCACUUUUCUCAAAACCCUUUUGAAAUCUUCCAACAUUUCUCUCAAUUCCCCUCCAAACCCUCUUUCCAUUGAGCACCUAUGGGAGCCCAUAUGUCCAAAAGGGCUUACAAAACAGAGCUGAGUUCUUAUGAGGCGGCUUGCAAGGCCGAUACCGAUCUACAAUCGUUCGAUUCCAUGCUCCAAUCUCGAACCCAUCAAGCCAUCAACACAAUCGCCGUUGGCGUUGAGGUUAGAGCGCUUUCCUUUGAUUCUCUUAAAGAAAUUACAGAGUGUUUGUUGGAAAUGAAUCAAGAAGUUGUGAAGGUAAUUUUGGGUUGCAAGAAAGAUAUAUGGAAGAAUCAUGAGUUGUUUGAAUUGGUUGAGGAGUAUUUUGAGAAUAGUUUGCAGUCUUUGGAUUUCUGUACUGAGCUAGAGAAGUGUUUGAAAAGAGCUCGUGAUAGCCAUCUUCUUGUUUCAAUGGCGAUUCAACAGUUUGAAGGUGGAAAUGGAUAUGUCAAAACUCUACAAGAGUUGAAGAAUUUCAAGGCUAUUGGUGACCCUUUUACCGAUGAGUUCUUCCAAAUAUUCAACUCUGUUUUUAGGCAACAAAUUGGAUUGCUUGAGAAACUGCAAAUCAGGAAGAACAAGCUUGACAAGAAGCUCAAGUCAUUGAGUACUUGGAGGAAGGUGUCUAACAUAAUCUUUGUAGCCACUUUUGCCACUGUUUUGAUAUGCUCAAUUGUGGCAGCUGCGGUGGCUGCUCCGCCGGUUGCAGCAGCGAUGGCAGCAGCUUCGUCGAUUCCGGUGGGGUCGAUGGGGAAAUGGAUCGACUCGCUAUGGAAGAACUACGAGGCGGCAGUGAGGGGGCAAAAGGAAGUGAUGAGCUCAAUGCAAGUGGGAACAUAUGUAGCCAUUAAAGACAUGGAGAACAUAAGAGUGCUUAUUGAGAAGCUGAGAGUGGAGAUGGAAUCAGGUUUAGUGAUGGAAGAGGAGGAAGGUGGCGUGAAGCUUGGGGUGGAAGAGAUGAAGAAGACAUUGGGGAAGUUCAUGAAGAACGUGGAGGACUUGGGGGUACAGGCUGAUACAUGCAGCAGAGAUAUCAGAAGGGCUAGGACAGUGGUUUUACAAAGGAUCAUAACACAUCCUAUGUAACUAUUUCAUGUUUUGGUAAAUAUUGGUCUGAAUUCAAUACAUUAUUUCAUUUUAAAA